UUCCGGCGGGCCGCACCGCCCCGCUCAUUCUCUUUGGUGUUUGCCCUGUGCCGCCCCGCCGGUCCCGCCCGGCCCAUGGACUGAGCGACCCCCGCCCGCCCCGGCCCGGAGCCGAGCCCUGCGCAGGCAUUCUCCAUCAUAAAUAUCCUGUUUAGAACUAAAUACAGAUCUUCACUCUCUGGAUCUCCUAAAGGUCAGCAAUUUGGCUUCCAAAAUUGGAGUUUGUCUGCGUUCAAAGCUGUUUGUCUACAGUAAUCUGCUCUGGUUGGAAGUGAACAUGUCUCAAGUUCAGAUUCAGAAUCCUUCUGCUGCCCUUGCAGGGAGCCAAAUACUGAAUAAAAACCCAUCUCUUUCACAGCCUUUGAGUAUUCCUUCUACUACCAGUUCUUUGCCCUCUGAAAAUGCAGGCAGACCUAUCCAGAACUCUGCUUUGCCUUCUGCUUCAGUUACAUCCACCAGUGCAGCUGCAGCUCCUUCAAACAUGGCAAACCCCAAAGAGAAAACCCCCAUGUGUCUUGUGAAUGAAUUAGCCCGUUUCAACAAGAUUCAGCCUGAGUAUAAGCUUCUGAGUGAGCAAGGUCCAGCUCAUUCUAAGGUGUUUACAGUGCAGCUGACUCUUGGGGACCAGCAUUGGGAAGCUGAAGGAACUAGUAUUAAAAAAGCGCAACAUGCAGCAGCUGCCAAAGCUUUGGAAGGGACAAAAUUCCCUAAACCUACAGCUCGUCCAUCUCGUAGUGAAGGCAAGAAUCCAGACAGUGUCACCCCUACAGUGGAGCUGAACGCACUUUGCAUGAAGCUGGGGAAGAAGCCCAUGUACAAACCCAUCGACCCCUACACGGGGAUGAGAUCCACCUACAGCUACACCAUGCGAGGCGGUACCUACCCCCCGCGGUACUUUUACCCAUUUCCUGUUGGACCUUUACUUUAUCAAGUGGAGCUUUCAAUUGGAGGGCAGCAGUUUCAUGGGAAGGGAAGAACAAGACAAGCAGCUAAGCAUGAUGCAGCUGCUAAAGCUCUGAAAGUUCUGCAGAAUGAGCCCUUGCCUGAGAAACCAGAGGUUAACGGAAAAGAACCAGAUGAUGAAAAUCUCAAUAAAUCUGAAAUAAGCCAAGUUUUUGAGAUUGCACUUAAAAGGAACUUGCCUGUGAAUUUUGAGUUUUUCCCUCUGAAACAGGUAACCAAGGAAAGUGGUCCUCCCCAUAUGAAGAGUUUUGUAACCAAGGUAUCAGUUGGAGAAUUCAUGGGUGAAGGUGAAGGAAAGAGCAAGAAGAUCUCAAAGAAAAAUGCUGCAAUAGCAGUCCUAGAAGAACUGAAAAAAUUGCCACCCCUUCCUACGGUUGAGAAAAUGAAGCCACGAAUCAAAAAGAAAACAAAAUCUAUAGUGAAGCUGCAAACAAGUCCAGAGUACGGUCAAGGAAUGAAUCCCAUUAGCAGACUUGCCCAGAUACAGCAGGCCAAGAAGGAGAAGGAACCUGAGUACAUGCUCAUCACAGAACGUGGGCUCCCCAGGCGCAGGGAGUUCGUCAUGCAGGUGAAAGUUGGUAUACACACAGCUGAAGGAAUGGGCACGAACAAAAAGGUUGCUAAACGUAAUGCAGCUGAAAAUAUGCUGGAAAUUUUAGGUUUCAAAGUCCCUCAACCUCAGCCUCCAAAACCAGCAUUAAAGACAGAAGAGAAGACCCCAGUGAAGAAACCAGGUGAUGGAAGAAAAGUAACCUUCUUUGAGCCGGGCUCUGAAGAGACUUCAGCUAGACUGUCAAACAGCAGCUCUUCAGCGUGCACCUCUCUCCUCCCAGGUAAUAAAGAAGAUGAGUUUAGGAUGCCUUAUCUCAGCCAUCAGCAGCUUCCUGCUGGAAUUCUUCCCAUGGUCCCUGAGGUUGCACAGGCUGUAGGAGCCAAUCAAGGACACCACACCAAAGAGUUCAGUCGGGCAGCUCCCAACCCCGCCAAGGCCACGGUGACGGCGAUGAUCGCCAGGGAGCUGCUCUAUGGGGGCACUUCUCCUACUGCUGAGACCAUUCUGAAGAGCAGCAACUCCUCAGGCCAUGUCCCCCAUGGGCCUCUAACCAGGCCCUCCGAGCAGCUGGACUAUCUUUCCAACGUUCAAGGAAUCCAGGUUGAAUAUAAAGACUUUCCAAAAAAUAACAAGAAUGAGUUUGUAUCUCUUAUAAACUGUUCCUCUCAGCCACCGCUGAUCAGUCAUGGGAUUGGAAAGGAUGUGGAGUCUUGCCACGACAUGGCUGCACUGAAUAUUUUAAAGUUGCUGUCUGAGUUGGACCAACAAACCACAGAGAUGCCAAGGACAGGAAAUGGACCAAUGUCUGUAUGUGUGAAACAAGAAAUGGAAAGUGACCCUCUCCUCAAACCGGCGAGCGCAAGCCCUUUGGGACAAACACUGGACAGCACUGCCUGAAACAGGCUCUUGACUGAACCCAAACCUGAAAGCACCAGAGAAAAUCAAAUGCUUCCUCUUAAUGUAACCUAACUGUUGGAGUGCUACAGUCUCUACAACUUACUGUAGUGUCUAAAUCAUAACUGUUGCUUUUUCUUCAAACAGUGAUACAUUUUUAGUUUCAUUAUGUUGUUUUGAUUGAAAUGACACUAUAAAUUCUUCAUUUAAAAGUUUCUUAAUUGUAUGUAGAACCAUAGCACAGUUUAGAAACUUUGUCUUCUGAGACUGACAUGUUACCUGUGAACUAACUUGGGAAGAUCAUAUCCAUGUAUGUGGUUAUUUUGGUUUUAUUGGAAUAGCAGCGUUUCACUGGAAACAGGCUGUGUCCCACCAUUUUAAAAAGCCCCAUAUUUUCGCAAACCAACCCUAAUUAUCCAAUGGUUGAAUGAAUUUAAAUACUUUAGGAAUUUUAAACUUGGUUUGAUCAUUUUUGGUUAAUUUCUAGUUUUCUUGAGUGUGGGGUAGGGGAGCUCAAAUGCACCGUGACUUUCAGUGAUCUCUGAGCUGUGUUUUAGGGACUGUGUGUUGGUGGCUCACAGCUCACUACAGUACAGGAUAUGAUCUCAAUGUAGUGCAUAUAAAACUGCAGAUUGAUUUUCCUUGAGUGCUUUAUACUGUUUAAUUACAUCUCCAUGUAGGGCUGAAAAAAAUUACCUAUGUUUAUAUAUAACUGUGUUGCUUUUGAUGUUGUGUUCUAGCGCACGGUCGGUGCGCGCUGAGGUUUGCAUUGGUCCAGGUACAGCACGAUAGCUGCGCGAGUUCAGUACUGCUUCCGUUCAUUGUUUACGCUGGAAUUUUUUCUCCCCAUGGAAUGUAAGUAAAACGUAGUGUUUGUCACCAAUAAAUGGUAAUACUAAAUUUUUUUGGUUAAUUUAUUCCUGUACACCACCACAGGGGCUGCUUUUUUAUAGAUUUGUAAUGCUUGUGUUCUAGUCUGGGCAGUGUGUUAAGCUGUGGAGUAACUUCCAGUGGUUCUCGAGUGCAUAGAGAAUGUUCUAUGUUCUGUGCUGUGCAGGGUGUGCAGACCUGGCAGGGCAAGGGAAUGCAAAGUAACGUGGGUACAGUUUGUUAUUUGUGCCACAGUGUUAGUGCAGCUGUGUUAAUGGGAGCUCAAACUGGACAUUAAAGUGAAACUUAAAAGUUUACUUAAAGGAGGAACCUGGCACAGCCAGUGGUUGGGACUUCCUCGAAGUAGAGACUUAAACUCCAUUUCCUUGUUUGCUUGUGACUUGAGCCCCAGCCUUGCCUGGGGGCAGCGCUGCAGAGCAGAGCUUGGCCCCUGCAGCAGCUCUGGCCCCACAGGCUGACACGUGUUGGUGUCUCGUCCAGUGUGAGCUACACUCAGUGUUUACCUACCUGGGACUGCAGGAGCAGUUCCUGCACCUGUGCAGCGCUGCAGGAGCUCCUGCCACAGAGAGCAACUCCUGCAGCUGCUGUCUCAGAGCUAAAUGUCUUGGCCAUUUUAUUUGUGUCAUCCAAAGCAAUCGGGCCACAGGAACUGCAGACCAGAUUGCGUUGAAUCACGUUGGGUGUGAUCAUUAUAAGCUAAAAACUCCCAAACAUUGUAAAGCUUUUUUGGUUUUAGGUUUUUUUUACAUUUGUAGAACUAAAAUGCUGUACAUUUAAAAAUUAAAAGAAACUUGCUAGGC